AUGGUGAAUUCCGUCUCCGGAUGCUGGCCAGGGGACACCGUGGCAUCGGGCACAUAUUGUACAUUCGGAUGCAACAAUACUACAGGAACAACCACUUGUUAUUGCAGCACUAACGGAUUGUGGGAGCCAAGAGCUCCAGAUUGUGGAGUUUCAGGUGGACCUGUUAGUGUAAACUUGUCUAGCAUAAAUACCGAUAAUGAAACUGGGAGAAAACGGCGAGAUGUUUUGCCUUUGGACAACGCAGCCGUGGCAAAAGUCCAAGAAACGUUUGAAAUGACAAUACAAGAACUCGAUACAACGUAUCUUGUCAACGCCACGACCGUCAGUGCUCAGAAUUGUACGAACGACGUCUUGCAAAUGAACUUACUCUUCGGUAUCAUGUACACUUCGGCCAUCACUAUGAACGAUUUGAUAUCACAGGUCGAGGCUGCUUUACUCGCUGUGGACGAGUUUACUGUUAUCUCAGUAGAUUUAUCAGAUCUGGACGCACUUUGUACACCAAACCCCUGCGAGAACAAGGCCGGUUGCACUGUUGAUUACAACAACUUUAAUUUCACAUGCAGCUGCGCCGUCGGGUAUUCUGGACGUCUAUGCUCCGACUCGUCCAGUGUCCUACUCAUCUCCAUACUCGUACCCACAGUCACUCUAAUCGUCGCUUUCACCGUCUUCACCAUCGUCCUUGUCGUAUACUAUCGUGUACGCCUUCAUCAAUUGAAGGGGUACAAGAGAUCUUCCCACCAUAACAUGGCCAUGGAGAGCGCGAAUGGAUACCACGGUGACUUGAAGCAGUUGUAUUUCACGGAGGACAAGACACCGGGGUACCAUGAUCAAGGAACGUUGAAGAACAGUACCUUGGGUCUUCGGUUCAGCAAAGAAAUCAAUGCCCGCAUGCAAGAGAGAUCUCGAUCGAUUGAAUUACAAGCGCUGUACCCACAAGCGUAUUACAUCGGUCCUGCGGAUAGGCAUCCUCACCAGACGGAUCAUAUCCGCAAUGGACGAAGUCUUUCCAACGGUGAUCAGGCGUUGCAGACGUUUCAUCCAAACGGUAUCCACAGUAGGGAUAAGGCUUCCCAAGGCCACAUGGUGGACAGUUCUAGCGUGGAGUAUAACUACGAGGCGAUUACAAAUCAGAGCAAGACACGAAGGCAUUCUUCCCGCGAUAACCAUAGAAACCGAACAACGUCCACCUCUCAAGGUAUAUCUUACAACCGAAGACGGACCAGAGACGACUUGGAUGGUAGGAACAGGGCUCCUUUGGAAAGAACUAGAAACGGAGGUAUACCCCGAAGUAUGCACGUAGAAACCGAGUUCAAUGACACACGUCUUUGAGAGUAUAAAAUGUAUUCUAUAUGAAUUUGAAUUUUACUGAGGUUCCGGGUUUGAGGCCCGGGAAGCGUUUCAUCAACAUUUUGUCUAAAAAGUUGUCAGAUCUGACAUUUUUACUUUAAAUUUUGAUUGGAUGAGACGCACUGUUACUAUAGUAAUUGUCUGAUAAAACAGGACUUGUCGGAUAAAACGUCCGACGAGUCCUUCAUGAACCGCUCCACUGGUCAGGUCUUCCGGUUGGUGACAUUAAAGGUCGGUCCCAGACGUAAAUAUUCAUAUCUGAUUGAUACUGGGCUAAAAAUCACACACACACACACACACUCACACAUACUUUAUUUGAAUUCAAUAGUACUGUUUGUUAUAUGUUAAAUUGAUUCGUAUAAUUAUGCUGUAUACUUUAACCGAGGGUAAUCUGCGUUUUCAUAUCAAUAUCACAAUACUUUGUGCUCAGUAUGCAUGUAGCUCUGUAUUAUAUACAUUAUCAUAAAUUUGAAUUCAUGUUUAGAUUGUCACACAUCAACUGUAUAUAAAGAUGUCUUAUUUAUACUCGGGAUAUUCUUGGCAAAUAAUAUUUUAUGAAAACAAAGUAUUCAAUUAAAUUGCGCUAUUUUUAUAUUAUGCAGCUGAUUCUAUUUCAAAAUGUUGUCUGUAGGAGAAUUUAAAACAGUAUCUGGAUAUAUACAUAUAUAUUAUGUACAACAUGUUAGAGUUACCGUUAUAGCGGGGUAAAAACAUGAAUCAAGAACCGAAUUGAAAAAAAAAACAACUGCCUUUAACUUAAUACUUGUCCACUGUACUAUAUCUUAUAUCAUUUAUUCAAGAAUGACUUUUAAACGUGAAAAGUAUUAUAGAGCAGUUUCUCUUGCUGUAUUGUACAAAUCUCAUUACUGCCAUCAUUACAUUGCUAUCGGUAGUAUUACAAACACUGCUUAAUAUAAAAAAAACCGAACAGUUUCUGAUCGUAAUAGCAAUAUGGUCAUGAAGCUGCAUGUUCGUGGGUUACACUCGAUUAUGCGUACGACUGGUGACCCCUUUUUGGUUCUAUAUCACUUUUUCAAUUUUUACAAAAUAUACGGGGCUAGAUACAAAGAAGGGUUUGAGUAGUCAUGUGUAUCUUUAUUCAUGUAGCAUUUAUUAUGUCCACAUAUUCAAUUAUUUACAAUUUUGUUUAAUAAGUUAAAUAGAUAGGAAGUCAAGAAAUCGCAUUUUUAUUCUGUAGACAAGUCGGCAAACAAAUAUAUCAUAUCUUCGGCAAGUUUAUGCAUUUGGUAUUCAAUCAUAAUUUAUUACACAUGGUAGUUGCUUAUAUGUUGAUAGAGACAUUAUCGUAAAGAUUGAACAAAAAAUGUACGCCAAUGAAAAACGAAUAAGCAACGAAAUACAAUUAACCUGUGUAUUUCCGCAGCUUACGGGACAAGGAUAAAUUUUGCCUCAGAAAAGGAA